CAUUUCCCAACAUGCAUUGUCUUCACUUUCUGUCGUCUGCAACAUAAACGACGUCAACAUGUAUGGAAGUUUUGACUUGCAAAAUGACAUGUUUAAAACUUCACCUGAAGAAAUGAACAGCUCUGAUGAUGAAGAUUUGGGAAGUAUUGAUUUAGAAAUACACGCAAUGGUUGAAAUUGUAGCUUCAGACGAGGCAGAGGGCAUUAGAAAAAUGAUUGAUGAAUUAGCAAGGGCCGAAGACGAUGUUACGAUUCCAGCUGUUAUGACGUCAGCUAGUCUCUCGACUGAUGUUAAACCUACGCCUAUUGAGAACCCUAAUAUUUCAUCUGCAAUAGAAAACCAAGAAACCAACAAGAAACGUUUUAAAACAACAACAGAAAUAGAAAGGAAGGAAAUAGCUGAAAAUUCCCAGUCACACAGAACAAAGCAAAAUACAACUUGGGGAAUGAAAAUAUUUCAAGCAUGGAGCAUGGAAGUCAGUGGCAAAGAAGUAGACAUGUCAACAAUUACAGCAGCAGAACUGGAUGAAAUAUUGUCAAGAUUUUACUGCGAGGCAACACCAAAAAAUGUAGAAAAACGCACAGAAAAUCUUCCUUCUCAGCAAGCACAAGUUUAUCAUAAAAAUUCUUUAAUAAAUAUCAGGGGAGCAAUAAACCGUAAACUGACAGACUUAGGGAGAGACAUAGAUUUGGUAAGAGACAAGAAAUUUAAAUCCUCCAACCUUAACAUGACAGGGCUGCUAAAACAAAGAAUGCAUGACGGCUCUUCACGCGCAACACAGCAUAAAGCUAUAAUCAAUGAAAAUGAUCUCAAAGAAAUGUCAACUUACCUUUCAUCUGCUCCUAGUUCACCUGUUGUACUACGCCAGUGUACGUGGUACAACAUCGCCAUCCAUUUCGUGACAAGAGGUCUCGAGUUCCACAAGCAACUGAGGUUAAAUUCCUUUGAUUUCUGUUCUGAUGAACAUGGGGAAUUCGCGCUGCUUAACCAUGAAACACAGCAAAAGAAUUAUCAAGGUGGUAUAUCCCAUUCCGAUGCUCCGGAGAAGAGAAUGUAUGUAACCGGUGCACCGAAUUGA